AUGGAGCGGCUGCAGUACUUCCGCAACCGCGUGUGGCUGGACAAGGAUUCCGAAGUUCUGCAGAUCCGCCUUUACCUGCUCAACCCAGAGCUGGGCCAGCCCAACAUGGAGCAGGUAACCCUGACCUUCUUCAUGACUGCCGGUGGAAGUAUCUACUACAGACGCGACUUCCAAGCCAUCUUCUUCGAGAUCUUUCCGAACAUGGCGUGCAUGGUGGCGGACGGCCUGUUCUUCUGUGUUCUCGUUUUCACAGGCGCAUUGCAAGUGGUCGUUCUCUGGCGGGUCGCCCGGGAACGCAAGCUGUUGGAGUACCUUUUGGACAUCAGGUCACUCCUGGAGUUGACCGUUGUCAUCGUUGGCCUGUACUUCUGCUACCAGUUCUAUGCGGUCUUCCUGACCAAGGAGAAGACGACGGACAUCGUCAGUCAGAUUCGCGCCAAGGGUUGGGACAUCAGCGACGCUGACCAAGCUGCGCUGGAGGAUCUGUUUGACAUUGGUGACGAUGCGGCGGGGGACAUCCUCAGCCUCCGUCUGCUAGCCGCCAACUACACGCUGAUCCUCACUUUCCGCUUCUUUGCCAACUUCCGGGCGCAGCCACAGCUGGCCAUUAUCACGAAGACCCUGGGUGCGCUGAUCGUGGAGAUUAUUCACUUCAUAGUUGUCUUCAUUCCGGCCUUCUUGAUCUAUGUGACCAGUGCCACUUUGCUGUUCGGGCGCAACAUCGAGGACGUGUGCACGUUCCAGGGCUCACUGGGUUACAUCUUCCGCAUGGCCCAGGAGGGUGAGUUUGACUGGGAGAGCAUGCAGGAAGAGAACUACUGGUCUUCCGCCAUCUGGGUGUGGUCCUUCGUGGUGUUUGUCAACAUGCUGCUGAUCAACCUGCUGAUCGCCAUCAUCUUGGACACCUACAAGGAAGUACAGCGCAAACAGGAUUCCAAGGAGGCGGUCUGGAACACCCUGUACCAGUUCUGGAACCGCCUGAUCUCCAUGAGGAAGUGGGUCAAUGAGCAGGCCAUCGUGAGGAAGUGCAGCGAGCCUUUCCACCCCGACCUCCUUGAGCCGGAUUACCUGAAGGAGUGCUUUCCAAACAUGCCGGAGUACCAGCUCGGCCUGCUCUUUUCGGACACUGCGAAGCAGAUGGAGAUCCAAUCCGACAAAGACAUCAACACAGAGAAGCUGGUGAAGAUGGCUGGCUCGCUGAUGAUGUCUGUUGGGGGUGUGAACAAGUCCUUGAAGACGAUCAUGGAAGAAGAGUCCAAGGACUCGCUGCAGAGUUGGGUGGUUGGCAAGCCGCUCCCCAGUGGCAGCGAGUCGGAGUUCCCGGUCCAGCACAAGGGGAACAAGCCGCCCAGGAUCUUCGAUCCCACAAAGGUGGAGGAGGUUCAAGAGGUCGACGACGACGACAUCGGGCUGGGUCCAGACCCCGUCGAGGCUACCAAUGAGCCAGCAGUGGAGGAUGAAGCGGCUGCCCCCGUCGAAGAGGAGUGGAAGCCUGUGUGGUUGCGCGAGGUUGACUCCAUGCUCAAGGCCUUCCUGCAUCACGAUUGA